AUGAGUGAGGAAAUAAUACCAAAGAAUUCAUCUAAGCCUCAGUCAUCAAGAAAAGGUAAAAGAGCAUGGAGGAAGAAUAUUGAUAUUCAAGAUAUUGAACAAAACUUACAAGACAAAAGAGAUGAAGAAAUUGUGCUUGGGAAACAAGUAACUGGUGAUUUUGUUAUUGAUGACACACCUAGUAGCAAAGCUGGGAAAUUACCAAAGAAAUUGAAAACCAAAGAGAUUUUAACUAAUAAAUCUAAAAUACCUGCAUUAAUCAAUCAAAGACAUCAGAAAAGGGGAGAAAACACUAUUCAAGGGGUCAAAAAAACUGAUCUUUUAAGAUUGAUUCAACUAAAUGGGGGGAAAUUCAAAAGCGAGGAUAAAUACGUUCAUCGUUUGGAACAGGAUGGAAUUGUGAGCGGGUCAAGUCAAGAUUUAUGGGAUGAUGCUGAUUUUAAUGAAAAGAAGAAGAAGAAGAUUCCCGACUUUAUCGAAUCUACAGCAGAGGUUACUAAGGCAACAGUUGUUCCUAAAACUUUAAAGGUGAAACCAAUUAAAAUCACAACUAAUGAAUUGACCGAUAAAAAGAUUCAUGCUGGUAAAUCAUAUAAUCCAUCUUUAGAGUCUUGGAAAGAGUUGAUUAGUCAGGAAUAUGACAUUGAAUAUAAACACGAAUUAACUCGACAACAAAUUGAGGAACAUCGUAAUAAGAUCCAGGAGUUGAUGGUUACUUUAGAUGGUAAUAUGUUAUCCGAUAGUGACGAUGAUGACGAAGACGAUGACAAAGUGGAAGAAGAAGAGCAGUUGAAUGAAAAUGGUGAAAAGGAUUAUUCCUUAUCUAUUAAUAAACCUAAUAAAAUCAAGAUCAAAACUAAGACCAAAAGAAAUAAAGAGUUAAAGCACAAGGAAAGAGUCAAGUUGGAGCAAGAAAUCAAAGAAUUGAAGAAGCAGUUGAAAGAUUUGUCGAAUUUGGAUGAAAUAUUAGAAAAACAAGUAGCUAAAGAUAAGAACCAACCAAAUGAAAAGAAACGUAAGAGAAGAGAAAAAUUGUUUAAAUAUUCGCUUGUUGAAACUCCAUUAGAAGUUAAAUUGUCAGAUGAGUUGAGUGGGAAUUUGAAGAAUUUGAAACCAGAAGGUAAUUUGUACUACGAUCAAAUGUUGAGUUUACAAUCCAGUGGGAAAAUCGAAUCCAGAGUGCCUGUUAGCAAGAAAAGAAAAUAUUCGAAAAAAAUCACUGAAAAAUGGACUUACAAAGAUUUCAAAUAA